CAAUGAACGUCCAAUCCUAUCUGGUCACCUUCAUUGGUGCAAUGGAGCACGUCCUUCCAGCCAGCCAUACUAGGUAGUAUAGAUCUGCCUUUUCAAAUAUGGAAUGCGAUUGCCGCGGCAUGACUCUACUCGCUAGCUUGUGAAGACUCCCCCCACUUAACCAAUCGAUCAAAGGAGACGCAGUGAUUUGUGGCCAUGGCCGACCAAACAGGAACAUUGGGUCAGCUGGCCCACGAAGGAGGGAUUGAUACUGCGCAGAAGACGCAGAUUCAAAGGAGUAUGCAGAGCACUUCAGUAGAAAGUAUUGUCCGACCUUCGCUCAGGAGGAGGCAGAGCACCAUUCUCAGAGACGCAAGAGACAAGCUCAUGUCCUUUGUCAGCUCAGCCAACAAGAUCUCAGCAGAUCGAGAUGGUUUCAAAGAUGGCACUUACCUCAACGGGGUCCUCAACCCCUACUCAAAGUUUGUACAGAGAUGGAACAAGAUCUUCUUCCUGUCGAUGCUCAUUGCGUUCGGCGUAGACCCACUGUUCUUCUAUACGCUGGUCGUUGAUUCCGACAAGAUCUGUACAUACAUCGACUUUCCUCUAGCACUGGUCCUGACCAUAGUCCGAUCACUGUGCGACUUUGUAUAUGCAAUCCACAUCGUUUUGCAAUUCCGCAUCGCUUUCGUCUCGACGGCAACCCGAAACGUAGGCAGAGGAGAACUAAUCAUAAGCAAGAAACUCAUUGCACAAAACUACUUGAAAGGACCUUUCAGCGGCGACCUUAUUGCAGUUCUACCAAUGCCUCAGCUGGCAAUCUGGUGCAUCAUUCCCCACUUCUUGAAGACGGGCGACACUGCCAAUAUGGCCAAGGACUUGGUCCUUAUCAUAGCCCUUGUUCAGUACGUGCCACGGGUGGUCUGGAUCUUCUUUCACUACAGACGUAUGAAGCGAGCAACGGGCAUCGUGUUCGAGACGGCUUGGUCCGGGUUCGCUUUGAACGUGCUGGUGUACGUUCUCCUCAGCCACAUCCUCGGGGCUUGUUGGUACCUCUUUGCAGUUCAACGAGUGGAUCACUGCAUUAGGGAAGCUUGUAUGUCAGACAGCCCCAAGUGCUCAACCCACUAUCUACACUGCAACAACAAUGGCGUGGACGCAGACCUACAAAGAUCUAUCUGGCUUGCAAGCAACUCAUCCAACAUCUCGUCAACAUGUUUCGCACCUCUAUCUUCCAAUUCUUUCAAUUACGGCAUCUACGUCAAUGCCGUCGAUCUGGUGACGGUCAGAAGAGUAACUCAAAAAGUCCUCUUCUCGUUCUUCUGGGGUCUACAAGCUUUGAGCACGACAGCGGAUAACUUGGUUCCAAGCAAGUUUGAGGGCGAGGUUACAUUCGUCGUGUUGAUCAUCUUCGCAGGCCUCCUGCUCUUCUCGUUGCUCGUAGGCAAUAUGCAAACCUUUCUGCAGUCACUGGGUCGCAGAAUGGAGGAAUACAGAACCACGCGUCGGGAUAUGGAGGAGUGGAUGCUGCACCGAAGGCUUCCGGAAGAUCUGCGAAAGCAGGUCACAGACUAUCAAAGGCAUCACUGGGCUGCUACUCGGGGAGUCGACGAAGACCAAAUGCUGCAGUCUCUGCCGGCAGAUCUCAGGCGCGGCAUCAAGUUCCACAUGUGCAUGAAUUUGAUCUGCAACGUACCAAUCUUCCUGGACCUGGACGUUCGCGUGAAGCAGGCCCUGUGCGACGUGCUCCACCAGCAGCUCUUCAUCAAGGGCAGCUGCGUCAUGCGGGAAGGCGACCCCGUGCCUCACAUGCUGUUCGUCAUCCGGGGAGAGCUGGUGCGCUUCCGCAAUGUUGACGGGAAGGAGCGAGGCAAAGUGGACCUCAACGGAAAGGGAGGCUUCUGCGGCGCGGAGCUCCUCCUGUUUCUGCUUCGAAACGAGGAAGAUGCGCUGGAGGACAUGCUCUCUGGUCGGCGGUACCCCGUUGCUCAAAACACCAUCCGGUGCACAAAGGCAGUUGAUGCCUUCUCACUCAGCGCCGACGACUUGGACAUGGUGAUCCGCCGCUUCAAGCUUCGAGAAGACGGAAAGCUGCUAGCUGCUGUCAACCGCCAGCAGCGUGUGGAAUGGGAGGCGGCAGCAAAAGCGGAAGCGCUUGAGCACGAGAAAAGCGAGAAGCUGAAUACAGCGAAAGAUUAUUCAAGCGCUUCGCGGUCAGACUCCAUUGCCGUUGAAAUCGAAGGACCCUCUGGGAGGUCAACCUUCCAACUUUAGUCGGAAAUAGGAACUUAGAACGUGCUUGAGCGGGGGCUUGAGCGAAGUCGGCCGUCAAUAUCGUCAUAUAGACCCACAUGCAACUCCGUCAAAUUGAGACUUCCAAGGUACAGAAAACAUCAGCUUUGAGUACUAUGCCUACAUACAAGUCAAAAGAACCAAAGUAGGCUGCUUUCAAGCGUUGAACGACUCCACUCGAGACGGUUUUGAUAAAGCGGAAUCAACGAUUAGAUGCCCCUAGCAGGUGGAGGAUCACUGGAUGAAAUCACCAGUGAA